AUGCACUCUCAAUCCUACAACAGUGACACCUAUCCAAAGCGGUCUCUGUCUCAAACUUCAACUACCACCUGUUCCUCUCGCAGUACUCAACGCUCCGACGAGAAGAAACGCAGCCGAAAUCUAUCCAACCCACUGGCCUCCAAGCUAUUCCGACCGGGCAGCAAGUCUCCUACUCCCAUCGAGAUUCCUAAACAACACAAACGCCAAUCCUCAGCGACUCCCGGACCCAAUGUCUCCCCAGGCUAUUUCCCCCAGUCUCCCAAGCAGGAGUACAUCACCAAGCGGGCAUCGACGCCAACCCGCAAGAGCAGUGACGACUACCGUCGCUACAGUGGCACUGUGAAUCACUGCGGUCGGCAUUCCAAUGACUGGCUGUUUGGUGGGUUCAGUGUGCGCGAGACGGUCCGCGAUGGCAUUGAGAAGUUCCGUCACCACGACAAGGAGAGCUGA